AUGGAUUCACUUCGUGGCCACCACACCAAAGAGCGGGGUAGCGGACAUGGGCGAGGCGAAUGUGGGGUAAUGCAGGGUAUGUUGCUAGACAAGAUGAUGGAGAAGGUGCUAGGGAUGGCGAUUCCUCCGGCCGGCGAGGCUGGGGGCGGGGCGAUCGAGAGUCGGGUACAGGCGGGGCGGGCGCGGCCGGGGUUGUCGGUACCAAUCAUGAGCCGUAACUUCGUGCAGAUGAACUCGCGCCUAAGCUUUCCAUUCCAGGUGGUGAACGAGGUGAUACGGAUCGCGAACUGGGAGAGCACAGCGUGUACGCUCUCUGUGGGGAUGCUCUACAGUUUUGUGGUAUUGCGGCCGCUCGUGACGUUGUCCAGCGCGCCAAUGUUCUACAUAUUGUUUGCAGUGAUGGUGCCGUACUACAUGCAGAUACACGCGCCGGAGCCGUGGGAGGAGUUGGGCGCGAAUCCGAUCCCUGCCGCGGGGCCAGCGUUGAAGGAGCCCGAUCUGCCGCGGCCGGUGCCAGAGUUAUCAAAGGAGUUUAUCCUUAAUCUAACAGACUUGCAAAAUCACAUGGUGCUUUAUGUGGUUUGCUACGACUUCAUCACGGGCCUUCUGGCGAAGUUCGCGUUCUUUGCGGAUGAGAACGUGAGCGCUGCGGCCUUUGUAGGGCUGCUCGUGCUCGGCGUCUUCAACAUGCUCUUCAUCGAGUCCCUUUUUCGCUGGAUCCCGCUGAAGCUUUUGCUCCUUGCAUGCGGUUGGGGCUUUCUCAUUAUGCUACACCCUUCAUGCAGGGACGCAUGUUUUGACUACAUCUCGUCGGAGGAGACGCGACUUAAGGUGUUGACUAUGACCAACAAGAUAGAGCAACUCAUUAAUGACUACUGGGAUUACUGUGAGCCGCGGGAAACACGCCAGGCGGCAAUUUUUGAGAUACAAAAGUUUGAUCGGCGCACAAAGGAGUGGCGCACUGCCGGCUUUUCUUCCGACGACUACACUCUAUUAUCAAAACUCCGUAUUGCCGAGGAACCUAUCGACAGUUCGGCCACAUCUUUGGAUGACGUAAAACCCCCGCUUGAUUGGAAGUGGCUCGGUAAGUACGAUUGGGUGUUAGACCUUGAGCCUAGGCAAUGGGUGACGGAUGGUUUUGUCCAGUACGUGGACAUCGACGCAGAAACGAAAUGGGUUUACGAUCUGAAUUUUGACGGCACUAGAGGGCAGUAUCGCAGGAGAAGAUGGAUCCGUCUCUGCACAAGGAAUCGGAGCGUACAGGAAAAUGCCAAUGUUGAUACGAUUGAUGACGAUAACUCUGAUGACUACGAACUAGUUGACUAUAGUGGAUGCACUGGUGUAUCCCAAAAUUCUAUGCAUGGGUCUGUAAAAAGCUGUCAUAGUAUCAGCGAACCUACCGACCAGAUAGUAGUGGAGAGGCUUCGUUCGCACACACUCUCUCCGGCUGCUAACGCAUCUGUCUCAAGUGCAGACAGUACUGCGAGUGCCACGAUUGCGACUCCGAACAAAAAUGUGGAGCAAGGAUCACGAGCGAUCAAGAGUUUAACGGAUUUUUUAAACAUAAACGGUUAG